AUGACGUGGGUCUCUGACGGUUCGGUCACCAACGGUUUGUGCUUGAUCACCGACGGCGGCUCGUGCGCCACCUCGCCCAACUUCCCGAACGACUACCCGAACCUCAAGGGCUGCACCCUCUACGGCCUGCCGCAGGCCGGGCUGGACGUGAUCGCCUUUGACGUGGAGGUCCCGAACGGCGCAAACUGCAUCUGGGACUACCUCGUCGUCGACGGCGUGAGGUACUGCGGCACCUCGGGCCCGGCCGGGGUCGUGCCGUCGGAUGGGACCAUGACGUGGGUCUCUGACGGUUCGGUCACCGAGUCUGGCUGGAAGGCGCGCUCUCCUUUCUCUCUUGCUCCCUGCACACUGCCCAUCCUCAGCUCUCGCGCACAGCCAGCCCUGAACUGCACCAUCUACAACGUGCCGCCGGUCGAGCUGGACGUGAUCGCCUUUGAUGUGGAGUUUGACGUGGAGGGAUGCGAGUACUACGGCUGCGAGUCCGGCGCGAACUGCCUCUGGGACUACCUCAUCGUCAACGGCGUGAAGUACUGCGGCACCUCGGGCCCGGCCGGGGUCGUGCCGUCGAAUGGGACCAUGACGUGGGUCUCUGACGGGGAG